AUGGACGUACCCAAUCUGCCCGCCUAUCCUCCUCCGCGCGCCAGCUCCACCUACUCGCCGCCGGACAGCGACACGUUCCCCUCGGCCGACGAGCUCGACGCUUCCUGCUACAGAGAUUCGUAUUCCUCGCUGUCCGACUAUGUCCCCAAUGGCUUCGACGCAAACACCGCCGGCCCAUGCUUCAGCCGGCCUGGCAAACCCGUGGAUACCGUUGCUGGCUGGAGCGCCCCGGUGCCCAAUGGCUUCGUCAGCCCCCAGUCCGUAGUCGGCACAGCCGCACCUGGAGCCCCCAAUCACCACUUCACCAUGUGGCAGACGGGCGUCCCUACGCCCUUGAGCACCUCGGGAGACUUCCAGCACGGCUACAUUCCCCCAGACUACAGUGCCGGCUUUCACUCGGUUCCCUCCCCGCUUCCCACGCCCAGCCAUGGCAGUCCCACCUCUCCCUCGCCCGUGACGGCGAGCCUGCCCGACGAUGCCACUCUGAAGCCUGCUCCACGCAAGCGAGGCCGACCCCGCCUGCACCGCCCCGCCUCGGAUGGUUCUGCUGCCAGUCCAGUCAAGGCUGCACGCACACAGUGCAUGCCCCAUACCGAAGUCGAGCGCAAGUACAGAGAGAAGCUCAACGCCGAACUUGAGCGACUACGCAAGGCCGUGCCCAUGCUACCCCAAAGCGAUUCCUCAGAGUCGGGCGGAGUCAAGCCCAGCAAAAGCAUGGUCCUGGCCGUAGCAAUCGAUUACAUAAAAGAGCUCGAAAGACAGCGAGAUCUGGCCGUCGAAGAGGUCGAGAGGCUGGGCGGCAAGGUCAAGUUCGGAAGACCAGGGACGUGGAGAAAAGACGUCGAGGAUGCCUAA